CUCCCGCCCAUGCCCAGACUGCUCUUUCAUCCUCGUGACUAGCUGCAGCCAUUCAUUGUCCGCUGCAGUGGACGCGCAAUGGCACGUGGCCGCGCACGUUAUGUUAGAAUAUUUAAGCGGGAAUGAGUACGUGCGCGUACACGAAUUCUUUGUGUGGCAGUGGAGAGAAGCGCCAAAAGAGUGACCAUGGCAGAUGAAAAACCAAAGGAGGGAGUCAAGACAGAAAACAACGAACACAUAAAUCUGAAGGUAGCAGGUCAGGAUGGAUCUGUGGUGCAGUUUAAGAUCAAAAGACACACACCGCUCAUUAAACUCAUGAAGGCCUACUGCGAGAGACAGGGAUUGUCAAUGAGGCAAAUCAGGUUCAGAUUUGAUGGACAGCCAAUAAACGAGACAGACACACCAGCACAGUUGGAAAUGGAAGAUGAAGAUACAAUUGAUGUGUUUCAGCAACAGACAGGAGGCCUGAUUUAAUCAGCCACGUGUCUCCAUGUUCCUCGUCAACACAACCAACCUUCCUGGCCUGUGAUACACAGCGGCUGCUGCUUUGCAACUUGUCUCAUUGUCUCGACAGAAUUCCAUGCAGAAGAAGUUGUCAUUUCUCUGCUGCACAUAACUGCUGUAUAGUAUUUUCAUUCUUGCCCCCGUUACAUGUCUGUUUUUGUCCAUGGUCCACAUCCAGAUCACCCUGAAUUCAGGUUUUGUUUGUUCAUGCUGUAUUGUGGUAAAUGUUAAGGACUCCCCCUCCCAGUUUGAUGGGCUGAUUCUAAGGUUGCAGACAGAUGGGACUGGUGAUAGAAUGAGAAUUAAUAGAACUGACUGUACUGAUCAGAUGUUAUUGGACUAGACUUGGUCACACAUCUGUUCUUAAAGUGCAUCAUUUUGGAACUGACUAUCACAUAGUGAACAGUAUAUCCAGUUUGGGAAUGGGGCUGGAUUGUCACUUGGGUUCCAUUAUCUCCAUAUUUUUUUUUUUUUUUUUUUUUGAUUUUAUACAUUUUUAUAUAUACUAGUGGAUGUGUAGACAAAUGUUUUGAUUAAUUGUUUGACUAGGCUAAGCUUCAAAUUUUGGGAAGCCUUAAGAAAUGCUCAAGUAAAUAUCUGUCAUGUCUAUUAAGAUGCCUGUUAAAAUAAAGCUAUUGUCCUUUUUCAAACUUUCAUUACUUUUGUCUGGCUCUCCAGUGUUAUUGUUUGCCCCUGCUCUGGGA